GGAAAAACGGAGUUCUUCCCCUCUCCUUUUUUUUCGUUCGGUUUUAAUUUCCUAGUUCAUGUAGGAAAGUGAAAAUCCUAAUGCUCUAUAAAAUAAACCAAUUAGCCCUUCGAAGAAAUUAAAACACAACCAUCAUGUCUUCUGAAAAGCUCUUAACUUUAAAGACGAGCGACGGUGAAGAGUUUGUUUUGGAAGAGGCAAUGGCUUUUAGGUCACUAACCAUCAAGAAUGCAGCUUCAACCAACACCAAUAAUAAUACUCCUCUGUCAAUUAAUGUCCAAAGCAAUACAAUGAUCAAAGUGAUUGAAUACUGGACGAAACACUCAGAGAGAGAUAUAUCAGAGGACCAGUUGAUGACUUUUGACAAGAAUUUCUUCAAGUUAAUGGAUAAAUCAAAAUUGUUUGAUCUCGUCUUAGCUACUAACUAUCUUGCCGCUACAGAGCUGUUGGAUGCUGCAUGCGAACAAGUUGCUGAUAGAAUCAGAAGGAAAACACCAGAAGAAAUACGUGAUUUUUUCAACAUCACUAGAGAGGAUGAGGAGCAAAUCUUUAAAGAGUUAAAUAAUUAAUUGCGUGCUACUACUGGCGGAGCCAAG